GAAGAGCAUCCGUUCGUGUCUCUAACAGUGACAGAGGCUCGCAGUUUCCUGCCGUACUUCUCAGCCGGGACACCGAUCUCGCUGACUGAUCCGCGCCGAAGUUGCGACUUCACGCUCAUCUGUUUCUCGCGCCAGCAGCUCCGCGCCGGGUCGGCCCGGUUCCUCCACACACACACACACGCGCGGGCACACACACGCACCCCCCUCCCUGGAGAGCAGGUUAUUCCCUGGAUGCUGGAUGAAUUAUCGGAGAGUUGUGAACAAGUGCGCGAAGAAAGCUGAGGCUCGGGAUCUGCCCCGCGCUCCGUCUUACGAAGACAAGACUCAGCCAGAGUUGAGGACGAUGAUGAUGGAGACGUCCCUGUUUCUCUCUACUGUUAUCUUACUGAUGCAAUGUUCCCCCUGUGUUCCUGUCAGAGUGAUGACCAACAGACAUAACGUGGAGGUAGAGGAGCUCAAAGAUGCGGUGCUGUCCUGCAUAUUCUUCACAGAGGUAGACCAGAAGCCGCGCAUCGAAUGGAAGAAAAAGGGGAAAGAUGUCUCCUUUGUGUUCUAUAAUGGAAAGUUCAAAGGUCCCUUUGAGGGCCGAGCGACCAUUGACGGAGCGACGGUGACGCUGAAAAGAGUGACCCAGGAGGACGCUGGAGAGUACCGCUGUGAGAUCAGUGCUCCUCAAGACACUGUCAGCCUAGGCGAGACCAAUGUAACGCUGAAAGUCCUAGUGCCCCCUCAAAUCCCACUCUGUGAAAUCCCCAGCUCAGCAGUGACGGGCUCAGUGGUACAGCUGCGCUGCAGGGACCAGCAGGGCAUCCCACCUGCCACUUACUCUUGGUACAAGGACAACAAGCUUAUCAGAGCGCCCCAUCACGCCAAUGCAACCUAUCUAGUCAACUCACGCACAGGAGUUCUGGAGUUUAAAGCUGUAACCAAAGAGGACACUGGCCAAUACAGGUGCCUGGCAUCCAACGGAGUCGGGCAAUCCAAGACGUGCGAGGGCAAGCACAUGACGAUAGAGGAUGUUAACAUCACAGCGGUGGUGGCAACAGUGGUGGUGGUCUUCCUGGUCGUCCUGGUCUGCGGGUGCGGCGGUUUCCUCUUACAGCGCAACGGCUUCUGCAGCCGACACAGAGGAAGGUCCAAUAUCAACUACAUCCCUCCACCCCAAGAACCCCAGGAUUUUAAACACACACAGUCAUUCAUGCUUUGAGAAGCUGGCCUUCCUCUGAGAGAACAAACAAUAAAAAAAGACAGUCACCCGUGUGAUUCGUUGCCAACACUGGGUUCAGAAUUGUUUUGGACUCCGAAUGAGCUCUUGAUCUUCCAAUAUGUGCUAAUUUCAAUCUUUUUCCUCCACCACUCCUUCCGGAUGGUUGAUGUCAAGCAAAUCUGCAAGGCCUUCAUACUCUCUUGCUUUGCUGUGUAUUCGCCUUGUUCAUUGAUGUCUCCCGCGCUUAUGGGAUUAAAAGUACAGUUUCACGGUACUCUGCUCCCCCCUGGUGGUCAGAUGUUGACAUUUCAGUUGCUCUUUUCUAGUAUCAAUUUCUAAACCCUUUGCUUCAUCCUUCUGCAGGCCAACCGUUUCAAUUACUUGUUUUUAUUUUUUACCAAAGACUUAUGUUUAAUUUUAGGAAUUUAUUUUCUUUACAAAUUGAAUCACCACAGGGAAUUCUCCUUAAAGCCAUAGGGACAGCAUCUCAGUCGUCUUCAAUAUAAAACAUCUUACCUCAGUCAGUAUUUCGUCUUACACACUGGGACCACUUAGUAAGAACAAGAAGCCACUUUCCAACUGCACUGAGGACUACCCCAUUCCAUCCUAAUGUGCCUGCAUGGUCUUUUUUAUAAAUAUACAUAUAUACUAUAUAUAUACCUUGUGCCUUUUUAAUUUGUCUGUCAUAUUUAUCUCUGCAUCACAGGUUUUUUUUUGUAAAGAAUUUGCCUUACUUUUUUCUUUAUAUUUCUGUGCCACUGUUUAUCUGAUGGGGUGUCUGUUUUUAGACUGUGUGAAUGACUUCAGAGUUUUAUUUGAACAGUGUAUCAGUAAUAAAGUCUUUUCUACUCAAAA